CCAGCGGCCCGUGGCUGCCUCGGCCCAGGUGCUUGCCAGCCACUCCAUUCCGCUGCUACAUUAACGACCCCCUUUGCCGUGCACUCAGUCGAGCGAUGGCGCGCGUGCUGGCGGUGAUGCUGAUGGCGCUCGCCUUCGUGCAGGCCAGCGCCCUGGACUCGGAGGAGGAUCGCCCCAAGGGCGCCCGCAGGCGGGCCCGGGAGCGCGCGCUCGCCUCGCAGACCGAGGAGGACGUGGCCAAGUUCGGCUGCGCCCAGCUCGGUGGCGACCGGUGGUUCUCGGACGCGCACGGCGAGCUGUUCCAGGUGAAGCAGGACCACUGCUCCAUCACCUUCGCCCUGAAGACCAGGAGCGGUGCGACGGUCGAGAAGCGCGGCGUGGUCAGGGGCGCCAAGGUGCUGAUGGAGCCGCCCUUCCCCGAGGGCACCGUGCUGGGGGCGAGCGUCAGGUUCGAGAACGGCGCCACGUGGGAGCGCAAGUGGUGAGCGCCUGGUCGGGUCGCCGGGGCGCCGCACCCCGAGGCCUUCCCCCUUCGGCAGAGGAGGGCUGCAAUGCUCUCAGUAAGCGGUGGUCUCGUAUGUGGGGUUCCUCGAUAGCGUAAUAUCGGUUUUCGUUUUGUUGAGGGGCCGAUGUGCCCUAGGGAUGGAGCGAAGGCCGCCAACCCAGGGACAUGUAGAAUUCCGGUGAACCUGUAAUUUUGCGGCGACGCAACUUUUUAUGAGAAAGGCGGUCAGUAUCCUUUUGAACACGAGGCUCGAAUGGUAGGGUCUCCUGCUGCCUUGUUAGUUUCUCACCCUUGUUGGCCUGCUGCGUCGUCUUGGUUGGCUCAAGGCCUGGUCCGUGCACCGUGCCCGCCUAGGACGCGCCUUAGUUGUAUUGCGCCAAGUGUACAUUCAUCUUUCAUCCGUUUACGACUACCGUCUGCCCAUUUACGUCAUCAU